UGCCCAUUGGUCCUCUGUCACCAAGGCGGCCAGCCAUUGGUUGCUGGCAAGCCCGGCGCUCCCCCGGCCCCUGUCUCCCGGGUCUCUUGAGGAGCCCGGGAAGGAGGCUCGGCUCGCGCUGCCGGGGCAGGGGCUUGCCGGGACCGGGCUGCGGCAAUCGUUAGCGGGCCAUGUCGGCUGCCCAGGGCUGGGACCGGAAUCGCCGGCGGGGAGGAGGCGCGGCCGGCGGGGCCAGCGGGGUUAGCGGGGCCGGCGCGGCCGGCGGGGGUCGGGGCACCGGACAGCUCAACCGAUUCGUGCAGCUCUCCGGACGGCCGCACCUGCCAGGUAAGAAGAAAAUACGAUGGGACCCAGUUAGGAGGCGCUUCAUUCAGUCCUGUCCCAUCAUAAGGAUCCCUAACAGGUUCCUGAGAGGCCACAGACCUCCCCCAGCCCGCAGUGGACACCGUUGUGUGGCAGAUAACACCAAUCUCUAUGUGUUUGGAGGGUAUAACCCAGACUAUGAUGAAUCGGGAGGGCCGGACAACGAAGACUAUCCUCUCUUCAGGGAGCUUUGGAGGUAUCAUUUUGCAACAGGCGUAUGGCACCAGAUGGGCACAGAUGGCUACAUGCCCCGGGAAUUGGCAUCUAUGUCACUUGUGCUGCAUGGAAACAACCUGUUAGUGUUUGGAGGUACAGGCAUCCCGUUUGGUGAGAGCAAUGGCAAUGACGUCCAUGUCUGCAAUGUAAAGUACAAGAGAUGGGCUCUACUCAGCUGUCGGGGGAAGAGACCCAGCCGAAUAUACGGACAGGCCAUGGCCCUCAUCAAUGGGUCCCUUUAUGUCUUUGGGGGAACAACCGGCUACAUCUAUAGCACAGACCUGCACAAGUUAGAUCUCAACACCAUGGUGUGGACACAACUCAAACCAAACAACCUGUCCUGUGACCUGCCGGAGGAGAGGUACAGACAUGAGAUUGCUCAUGACGGGCAGAGGAUCUACAUCUUGGGAGGAGGCACUUCCUGGACAGCCUAUUCCUUAAACAAGAUCCAUGCAUACAACCUUGAAACAAAUGCAUGGGAGGAGAUCGCAACAAAACCUCAUGAAAAAAUAGGUUUUCCUGCAGCCCGACGAUGUCACAGUUGUGUUCAAAUAAAAAAUGAUGUCUUCAUUUGUGGGGGCUAUAACGGAGAAGUGAUCCUGGGAGACAUCUGGAAGCUGAAUCUGCAGACCUUUCAGUGGGUGAAGCUCCCUGCCACCAUGCCAGAGCCCGUUUACUUUCACUGUGCGGCUGUCACUCCUGCCGGUUGCAUGUACAUCCACGGAGGAGUGGUGAACAUCCAUGAAAACAAACGGACUGGAUCGCUGUUUAAGAUCUGGCUGGUGGUACCUAGCCUGCUGGAACUGGCGUGGGAGAAGCUGCUCUCGCAGAGAACUGUAGAGCCACGGCCAGAAUGA